UUUAGCGCGGUCGCGUCAGCCCCACGGACCCGGCCUCGACCUUUUAUAACAGGUAGAGUAGGUGGCUAGUGUGCCUCUUCUCGUCGGUCCCGCUCAGGCCGGCUUCGUCGCUGUAAAUAACACACGAGACGGCAUUACGCGACGGCCCUGCAAACCUCGUCUAAGCAACGCCGGCACGCGACCAAAAUGCGAUGACAAGUGCUGGACCGCUCGAAUACUACCCUGCUUAUUGCUUCCACCUCUCUCCGACCAUUAACAAGUGGUGCCCCCUGCGCGCCACGGACAUCCACCGCCUAGAAGGCCGGCCUGGGUUUGAAGGCGACAAUGUCUUCUUCUUCCUGAAUCACCCUAUCCGAUGGGUCCGAAUCGUCGGGGUUGUCGUCGCGAUCGAUGACUUCUACGGGUGGCGGUACUACACGGUGGAUGAUAGCACCGGUGCAUGCAUCCAGUGCCGCGCGGAUAUCGUGAGACCAGCCAAGAGCGCGCCGGACGACGCGGGCGACGAAAAGAAGGCGGCGGCUCCGGCCUCCCUCUCGGAAGCAGCGUCGGGUAUCGAUGUAGGCAUGGUGGUCGAGGUCAAGGGAGGCACGAGGCUCUUCAGGGACCAGAUGGAGAUUUCCGUCCAUAAAAUCCGGAGGCUCAGGUCCACGAGCCAGGAAGUUCAGUUCUGGGACAAGAUUCGCCAGUUCCGGAGGGAGGUGCUCAGCCAACCUUGGGUGCUGGAGAGGAGAGAAGUCCGUCGCUGCAAGAAGCAGCAUACGGCCGACGUAGACACGGAGGAGAAGAGGCAGAAGAAGAGGGUAGGAAACGGAUACGCCGCGGCCAGGGACCCUCUCAGCCGACGGCAGCUUGACCAGAGAGAGGAGAAGCGAGUCCGCAGGAAAAUCACAUACUGAGGGCUAGCAUGGCAAGAUAACAACAGCUUAUAUACCUACCUAUUGACAGGCCUCACGGAUCUCUCGUGCUGGCGCCGAUUCGUCGUGACCAACCGCCGCCGAGCCGACCGCCCUCGGGGAGGUCGUAUACACAUCUCUCGUACCAUAUCCGGCCGGGGAAAGCGUCACCCCCGUCUGCCCUCCCCAUCUCAGCAACGUUGAGGGGGUAUGCCUGGCCGGACUGGUGCGGGCAUGUACAGUACUCUGCUGGGACAGUAGUAGG